AUGACAAAACAUUUCAAUCUAGCUGAAAUUCAGGAUGCUUGGCAAACAUUAGAAGACAGGCGGCAUUCUCGAAAUCUAAGAGGCGACUACCAUUAUCACACUAAACGACACAUGCUGCCUCGGGAAGGCGAACCAAGAAAACGCGCUACCUCACAGCGACCAAAGGAAUUAAGAAAAAAGCCAUCAGGUCAUCUAACUCCUUUAAACGAAGAUGACAUAGAAAAUGAUGAAGUCGUUUCCGUAGCAGUUGGACCACCAGCGAUCAGACCUAAAUACGACAAACUAUCAAAAAGUAAUGGAAAAUUAGUCCCAUCUAACAUUAAUGCUGGUGAUAGUAAAGCCAGCACUCUGGUUAAAGAUGUUUUAUUACAAUUAGGAAGAGAAUUAUUGUCACGUCAAGUAUCUGAAGAUUUUGUGUUUGGUCAAUACGUUGGAAUGGCUAUGAAAAAUCUUACAGCGGACUUGAAAUUGAGAAUGCAACAUGAAAUUUUAGAACUUAUAGUUAAAUAUCAAAAGCUGAAAACUGAACCACAAACAACGACCACACAACCCGAGGAUAAAAGUACUAGUACUGUUUAUAGUGAAGUCAAAUAUAAAGUAGAACUAAUAGAGAAAGAAAAGAAAAACGACACGGAUGAAGGUUGGCCCGAUUUCAAUAAUUUAGCUAAAAUUGUUGGUAAAUAG